UUUGCCCAUCUUAAUUAUAUCAACAGUACUGUACUGACACUCUAGAAAGAUUGAUCAAACACUACCCUGUGGCUACCAUGGAUGUCAAAGCCAGUCCUAUAGAUGCUGACAGGGUGCCCUUACUCCCAUCUCCUGGUACUGGUGAGACCACUGUACAAGUUGUGAACAGAACCAAGAAAGACUCCACAAACAAAUCAUUCCUUAUUCUCCUGACGGGAAUAGCUGCUCUCGGUGGAUUCUUGUUUGGCUAUGACACGGGGGUUGUAUCUGGUGCUAUGCUCAAUAUCAAAAAGACAUUUCAUCUCUCUGCAACAUGGCAAGAAGUGAUUGUCAGUGUGACUAUUGGUGCGGCCGCAAUAGCCGCAGCCAUGGCUGGUGUACUCUGUGAUCUGAUUGGACGGAAGCCGACACUUAUUAUUGCUUCAGUGGUGUUUACCGUAGGGGCGGUUGUUAUGGGUGCUGCUGUGAAUGUGUGGAUGCUCAUGACUGGACGGAUUGUUGUGGGGUUGGGUAUCGGAGCUGCUGCUAUGGCUUCUCCCCUGUAUAUUGCCGAGUCAGCACCAUAUCACAUGCGAGGGAAGCUGGUGGUCCUCAACAACAUGUUCAUCACAGGUGGUCAGUUUGUGGCUACUGUUGUGGAUGGAGCGUUCUCCUAUCUGCCCAUCAAUGUAGGGUGGAGGUUCAUGUUGGGUUUGGCUAGUGUGCCCUCACUCCUCAUGCUAGUGGGUAUGCUUUUCAUGCCUGAGAGUCCUCGUUGGCUGGUCUUCCAUGGAAGGGAGGAUAAGGCAAAGAAAGCUCUAGCUAAAGUGAGGCCAGCUUCCUCUGUUGAGACUGAACUGGAGUCCAUCAAAGAGGACUUUGAAAAACAAAAGAAACUUAAGCUUGGCUUUGUGCAAAUGAUUAAGAGAUUACUGACCACUAGGACUGUGCUCAUUGCUCUGCUGGUGGGCUGUGGGCUGCAGCUGUUCCAGCAGUUUGGAGGAAUCAACACUGUUAUGUACUACAGUGCGUCUAUAUUUGAGAUGGCUGGAUUCUCCGAUCGAAAUGCCAUUUGGCUAGCUACUGUACCAGGAUUUGCAAACUUUAUUUUCACCGGUGUGGGACUAUUACUAGUCGAUCGAUUGGGACGAAGAAAGCUCCUAAUUGGCAGUAUUACUGGAACCAUUAUUGGGUUUGGCCUUCUCGCUGGAACGUUUGUACUAAUGGACCACUACAGCCCUUCAUCGACUCCAUUCGAUAGAGUUAAUGGAACCUGCCAGUACUAUUCUUGUGGUGCGUGUGUUGGAAACUCACAAUGUGGUUUUUGUGUGGAUUUUGACCCUGAUUCUCAAGAGUAUUUCAACGGUACAUGCAGUGUGGGCGUAUUAUCAGACGAUGGACAUACGUACAGCAAGUACCAGCCACUAGCCUCCAACACAUCCUGUGCCUUGCCUGGUGAGAACUGGACCUCUUCUUCCUUCGAUGAUGAGUUUGUAUCUACACACAAUAAGAGUAUCUUUCAAAGAUGGUGGGAUUUUAACACUUGUCCAAACAAUCUACUGUCUCCACUGGCAAUAAUUGCUCUGAUAGUGUACAUUGGUUCCUUUGCAUCUGGUGCAGGCCCUCUCCCUUGGACAGUCAAUUCUGAGAUCUAUCCAACGUGGGCACGCAGUACUUGUAUUGGCAUAGCAACUACCGUCAACUGGAGUUCCAAUCUUCUCAUUUCAAUGACUUUCCUCACAAUGGCGGAUUCUUUGGGACAGCCCAUUACGUUUGGUGUGUACGCCGUGCUCAGUAUGAUGGGACUCUUGUUCGUGAUUCUCCUCCUUCCAGAGACUCGAGGGAGAAAGCUUGAAGACAUCGAGGAGUUGUUUAGAAUGCCUUAUUUCCUAAACUGGUGUCGUAGGAAGAAACAAAAAUAACAUUCUUCAUUCUUUGUAAUUUGUGUGUCCAUAUACAAAUGUAAAUGAUUAUAAACUAUGGUUUUUCCUAAGGAUGA